AUGGAUAAUAAGGAUAAUCAAAUGGGAGUUGACAUCCCUGAAACUGGGAGAAAAAAAAUUUUAAAAACUUCUUCAGGUUUAGGAUAUAACAUUAAUCAUAUCAUUGGAGCAGGAAUUUUUAUAACACCUAGUAAUGUAUGGAGACUAGUACAAUCUCCAGGAUCUGCCCUAAUGUUAUGGAUAGUUGGUGGACUUAUAAGUCUAUUUGGCAGUAUGAUUUAUGUCGAGUUAGGGUCUAGAUUUCCUGAAGGAUCAGGCGAACAAAAGUAUCUUGAAGAAACAUUCGAUAUAAACAGAAUUGCGCAUAUAUUCAGUUUUGUUAUGACAAU